CAAAAAUAGUUUGGUUGCAUUUUGGGGCUUUAUUUAUUUAUUAAUUAGCAUAUUUUGUAUACAAUACAUUUCUUUUUGUCUUUUACGGCAAAUUUUACAUUCCUUAAAAAUCUUUUUUUAUACCAUUUUUAUAUUGUAUUUUAUUUAUCUUUUUACAUUCUUUUAUAAUUUUUUAUUAACCUUGUUCUAAUUUGAAGAACAAAUUACAUUCUUUUAUUAUUUUUUAUAAAUAAUGGGUAACACACCAUCUUAUCAAUUUAAACUUAAUAGAACUAAAUGUCCAAUUAGUUACGGUCGUAAUAGUAACGAUUCAUUUAAAUUUAUUAACGGUAGAAAAUUUUUAAAGGAUUCCGAUAAAUAUAUUCUACCAAGCGAUGAGAAGGAACUUGAUAGGUUACAUGUACAACAUGAUUUACAAAUACAAAUAUGGAAUUCUCAUUUUUCUUCUCCAGUUGAAUCAAUCUUGAAAUCAGGAGGAGCAGAAGUUCUUGAUGUCGGUUGUGGAUCAGGAAAUUGGUUAUUAGAGAUGGCAACGAAUUACCCUUCAUCUAAUUUUACAGGAAUUGAUAUUUUACCUUUAUAUCCUUUGGAUACUCAUCCUUUGAACGUAAUAUUUGAAUCAGUUGACGUUUCAGCAGGUUUACCGUUUCCUGACAAUCACUUUGAUUUUAUUCAUCUUAAAUGUUUGCUUAGUACAAUGUCAGAAAAAUAUUGUAAUAUGAAAACAUUAUAUAAUGAAUUAAUAAGAGUAUUGAAACAUGGUGGUUGGAUUGAAAUAAUGGAACAUGAUAAUGAAAUAAUUAAUCCUAGUCCAACUAUGAAAUUUUUCUGCAGUUCAUAUCAAGCGUUAUUACGUCAACGUGGAAUCAAUGUGUAUCUAUGCCGUGAGAUCCCUAAAAUUCUCGACAGACAUGGAUUUAUCAAUAUUCAUAAUGAAGAGAAGAUAACAUAUCAUGGGGAAAAAAAUGGAACUAUUUGUGAAUUGAGUAUUAAAAAUAUCAUCUCAAUUUUUUCAACAUUAAAAAGUUCAAUUUUAGAAUUCACGAGCAUAAAUUCAGAAAAAUUUGAUAACUUAUUACAAGAUCUUAUCAAAGAAGUAACCGAAUGUGAUAGUGGAUUUAAAACGCAAAGAUUUUUUGCGCAGAAACCUUAAUGAAUUACAUCCUUUAAAAAAAAAACAAAAAUUUUUAAAAAACACAACAUUCCUUUCUUCCUCCCCUCCUCCUAACUUUAUUAACAUUUAACUACAACAAACCUUUUUUUAUCCAAUUUCAUUCGAAUUGCAUUAUUUACAAUAUAUCUCGCCUCUCCUUUAUUUUUUCUUUCAGUUAUAAUAUGAACAGCUUUUCUUGUAAUAUAAUUAAGGAUUACACGGAGAGUUUUAUGUAUAUUAUUUUUUCAAUUUAUUAUUGGUAAAAAAAAAAAAAAAAUGAUGGUACGUGAAACGGGUCACGUAAACUGUUAUAUAUUUUCAAUUCAAUAAUAAUAAUUAUUUUAUUUUUAAUUAACAUUUUUUUUAAUGGGUGUCAUUUUUUAAUCUAACACUUUGUAUAUUCAAAAUUUUUUUUU